GUUGUGUUGAAUGUGGUGCCCAAUAAGGUGCCAAUUUUUUACUUGACCAUCACAAAAUUGGCAAAAUUACAUCAUAAUAAACAUGUAUGUCUUGGUCUAACAUGUUUGGUGUACUACUAUUUGCAUCUUUUUUUGCUGGUGUACUGUCUCUGAAUUGCUUAUGUGCAAACGGUGUAUUUUGUUUCAAUAACCCUACAACAGUGUGUUCUGGGGGAAGAAUGUGCUUUGCUGCGGAAGUUAGGACAAGUAAUGGUUCAAUAUUAGUCAGGAAAGGAUGCCAGGAUUCUCAGCUUUGUUAUUCCUUUUCCGGAUUUUACGGUUGUAAAGCUUUACCCACCGAGACGUGCCUUAAGUAUGGAUGCUGUUCUACCGACUUAUGCAAAGUUAACUACACUCUCUUCCCGGCAAAUUCUUCGUCCCCAAGCCCCAGCCUCAGUCCCACGACGAUGUUGCCAGCAUCCACUUUCGCCUUCGAGCACUCGUCGUCACAAGUUUUUUCGACGCAUGCGCAGGAGGCAACCAAAUCAGCUGAAGACCCACGUCCGCCGUGCAAAGAUUCUUCCGCGAGCAAGCGCAGUCUGAAUAUACUGGUUCUCAUUGCAGUUCUUUGUUGUUGUAUGUAUUAAAAGCGUGUGUCUUCGUUUCUUCUCAUAAUUUUGUUGAAAAGACACGGUUAUCGCUUGUGAAUUUUUUGUUGAAAGAAAGGUUGUAUUUAGUAAUAGGGAUAUACGAGAUGUAUGAGAUGUAGCGAUUCACUUCGAGAUAUUCAUUUGUCAGUAUUUAUAGCAGAAUAGUAUUUUUAUUGAUGAAUAUGGUGUAACUAAUGCGUAAGGUGUUGACGUUAAAUGUUUUGUUCGACUGGUUU